AGGCAUGGCUUGGCACUGAUUGGGUACUGUCUGAUGACGACGGCAGGACACCGCGAUGCACGCCUGGCGAUGGUGCUGGGCCAUCCCAUAGCGUCGAUCAUCAGGGCACUGUUCCAGCCCACACUACAUCCCAUGGUGCUAGCACGGACUUUGAGGGCCCUCCUCGUAUGUCGCCCCCAGUUUUCAGUGGAUCUGCCCAUGAUGGUGGAUGCAUAUUUGUCCCCACACCAGGCAUGCCCACCCCACCUCUAGUGCAUGUGGACCCCACCAUGUCAGCUCCAUCUCAAACCGCCCACGGAGAGGCUAUACAGAUUGAGCAGAUACCGGCUGAGGACAUUGAGCCGGUGGAGGCUUUGCGGAGAUCGCGACGCCCGCGUGCGCAUGCUCCCGAUUGCGGGACCGGUGAUGGUAAGAUUAGACCUGUCAGGGCAUAUGGGCGGAAACGAAAAGAUCAUUAAAUGCCUUAGUGUAUGCUUAUACUUCCUGCCUAUAGGUGACUGCAUAGUGACUGGAAUAAGCAUGCAAAAUGUUCUACUAAUUGGGGAGAAUCUUGGUGGCUGUGCAUCUAUUUCUGGAUCAUUGCUUGGGGAGAAUACUGGCUGUCAAUGUGUUUGUUGUCAAGAAAUUGAUAUUUUGGAGAAAACCCAUAAGGCGUAUUGUAUUUAUUGAUGUAUUAGGAAGUUUUUCUGCACUUGGAGUUUUGAUUGCAAUUUGACAAAUGUCUGGAUUGGUAUUCAUUUGAA